UAUGAAUUAACUCACCACCCAAUUCUCGCGACUCAGCAGUUUUGGGGCCUCAUUGGUGGCUCCCUAGUCGUGAAUUUUCUUAUACGAAUACUCUUCUCUGUUUAUAUCGGGAAUUACCCUCCAAAGCGGUCAAUUUCAGAGGAUGGGUUUCCGCCCUUCCCGAGCUUCAGGGCUUUUCCGUAGCUCUUUCACAGCUCAACAACGACCACGUAUAUCCACAUGCCCUCAGUGCACCCAGUCAUUGAGUUUCCGAACUCGGGCGACUCCAAUUACCAAUUUCAACUUCACGCAUCAGCGGAAGUCGUCAACAUGGACGGCAGCAGUCUCGGCGGCGCAGAAUCUGAUGAGCGCGGCAUCAGCGUCGUCUAAAGAGGCCGCCGCACAAGGCGUUUCAGUUGAUCCAUUACGCAUCGUUGCAAAGGAGAUGAAAUUCUUGACAAAGAAUAUUCGACAAUUACUUGGAUCGGGACACCCUACCCUCGACACGGUCGCAAAGUAUUACACGCAUGCUGAAGGCAAACAUAUGCGGCCGCUGGUUGUGCUCCUCAUGUCUCGAGCAACAGCCUUGACACCCACUAUCUCCAGGCAAUCAUUUGCUACACAGACUGCCAGCGUUGACAGUCCCAUCUCCCCAUCUUCGAUCCUCCUCGACAAUAACCCUUCAUUCCCAGAAACGAAUCCCCUCACUACCGAACCAGCUUCGUUCACGUCUACCUCCGCCCCAGACUCAGAUAUCCUCCCUUCGCAACGUCGACUGGCUGAGAUUACGGAGCUGAUCCAUACCGCAUCGCUCCUCCAUGAUGAUGUCAUUGAUACUUCCGAGGCUCGACGAGGUUCGCCGUCGGCGAAUAUUGAGUUCGGCAACAAGAUGGCCGUGCUUGCAGGCGACUUCUUGCUCGGCAGAGCAUCAAUAGCCUUGGCUCGUUUGCGGGAUCCCGAGGUAAUUGAGUUGAUGGCAACAGUGAUAGCCAAUCUGGUCGAGGGUGAAUUCAUGCAGCUUAAGAAUACCGCGCGGGACGAAAAAUAUCCAAAGUGGACCGAGGAAACUAUCUCAUAUUACCUUCAAAAGACGUACCUCAAGACGGCCAGUCUUAUCAGCAAGUCCUCUAGAUCGGCUGCUCUAUUAGGCCAAAACACUCCGGAAGUUGUGGAGGCAGCCUAUCAGUUUGGCCGCAACCUAGGCCUGGCCUUCCAGCUCGUUGAUGACAUGUUGGACUACACUGUUAGUGCACAGGAAUUAGGCAAGCCAGCUGGCGCCGAUCUCGAGCUGGGUCUCGCCACUGCGCCGCUGCUGUUUGCCUGGAAAAAUGAACCUGAGCUUGGCGCGCUUGUUGGAAGGAAGUUCUCGAAGGAAGGAGACGUGUUGAGGGCUCGUGAACUCGUUGCUCGAAGUGACGGUGUUGAGCAAACCCGCGCUUUGGCGCAGGAUUACGCAGACAAAGCGGUUGCUGCCAUCAGCCCCUUCCCAGAGAGCGAGGCGAAGGACGGCUUGAUUGAAAUAUGUGUCAAGACAAUGAACAGACGCAAGUGAUCUCAACUCCUCAAAUUUUGCAUCCGCGAUUGGAGUAGGAAUUCCUUUGUUUGGUUCUUUUGUCGUCUUGCAUGCGGGCCUUCCACGAGCUCGAUGGACAACUGUCUGGCGGGCUGAAUGGUUAAGAGUCUAAAAAUGAAAUGUUUCCCUUUAUAUGUAUCUAUAGCGUCGCCUCUUAUAACAUUGUACUAUAUAGAACAAAACCGCUCGCGCUGGGAAUUUUCAAUGUAUCUGAUAAAUGGGAUAGAUAGAUCGCAGUCGACGAAUUUAGAAUUGUAGUCCCCUCGUC